GGCCCCCCAGGAGCCCGCUCGCCGCGCGGGGCAGCGGGGGGCCCUCGAGCCGCGGGCCUCGGUGUCCCCGCGCGCUCGCGCGGGAUGUGAGGCUCCCGGCGCCCUCUGACUGCGCCUCCCGGGGCCGCGGGGGCCUCGCGCCGGCAAGACCAUGAAGAAGUUCUCCCGGAUGCCCAAGUCGGAGGGCAGCGGCGGCGGGGCCGGCGGAGGGGGCGGCCCAGGCUGCCCGGGCGGCGGCGGCGGCGGCGGCGGAUCUGGAGCCGGGUCCGGAGCCUCUUCCGUGGGAGUCCGCGUGUUUGCCGUGGGCCGCUACCAGGUCACCCUGGAGGAGCCGCUCGCCGAAGGUGGAUUCUCCACUGUGUUUUUGGUACGGACUCAUGGUGGGAUACGGUGUGCAUUAAAGCGAAUGUAUGUUAAUAACCUGCCUGAUCUGAACAUCUGUAAGAGAGAAAUAACAAUUAUGAAAGAGCUCUCUGGACAUAAGAACAUUGUGGGUUACUUGGACUGUGCUAUUAAUUCAGUUAGUGAUAAUGUAUGGGAAGUACUCAUCUUAAUGGAAUACUGUCGAGCUGGGCAGGUGGUGAAUCAAAUGAAUAAGCGGCUGCAGACGGGUUUUACAGAGCCAGAGGUGCUGCAGAUCUUCUGUGACACCUGUGAGGCUGUGGCCAGGCUGCAUCAGUGUAAGACUCCAAUUGUGCACCGGGACCUCAAGGUAGAAAAUAUUUUGUUGAAUGAUGGUGGAAACUAUGUCCUUUGUGAUUUUGGCAGUGCAACUAAUAAAUUCCUUAAUCCUCAGAAAGAUGGGGUAAAUGUAGUGGAAGAAGAAAUUAAAAAGUAUACGACUCUGUCAUACAGAGCUCCUGAAAUGAUCAACCUUUAUGGAGGGAAGCCUAUCACCACCAAGGCUGAUAUCUGGGCAUUGGGAUGCUUCCUCUACAAGCUUUGCUUCUUCACUGUUCCCUUUGGUGAGAGUCAGGUCGCUAUUUGUGAUGGCAGUUUUACCAUCCCAGACAAUUCUCGAUAUUCUCAUCACAUACACUGCUUAAUAAGGUAUAUGCUUGAACCAGAUCAAGACCAUAGGCCUGAUAUUUUCCAAGUGUCCUAUUUUGCUUUCAAAUUUGCCAAAAAGGAUUGUCCCGUUUCUAACAUCAAUAAUUCUUCUCUUCCUUCAUCUCUUCCUGAACCUUUGACUGCUAGUGAGGCAGCUGCUAGGAAAAACCAAAUAAAAGCCAGAAUAACAGACACCAUUGGGCCAACAGAAACCUCAAUUGCACCAAGACAGAGACCAAAGGCUAAUUCAAGCACUGCCACACCCAGUGUGCUGGCAAUUCAGAGCUCAGCCACACCAGUUAAAGUACCUGCCCCUGGUGAAAUUGGUAACCACAGACUAAAAGGAACAUUGAAACUUGGAAGCAGUCAGGAGAUGGUGCUGACUCAGGGUCAGCAGCCUCCGCAGCAACACAGAGUACUACAACAAUUACAGCAGGGUGACUGGAGAUUGCAGCAGCUUCAUCCUGUGCAUCGCCAUUACCAGCAACAGCAGCUUUUUCAGGAUGCAUGUGUUCAGCAGGCAAUACAACAGCAGCAGCAGAUAAUCCAACAGCAGUUUUUAAUGAAUUCAGUGUAUCAGCAGCAAUCUUCUGCAUCCCACUACCCUGCAAUGAUGCAGCAGUAUCAGCAGAGUUUCUUACAGCAGCAGGUGUUUGUGCAACCACAGCAGCAGCGGCAGCAGCAGCAGCAUUCUCCUGAGUAUCUUACCUCCCCUCAAGAGUUCUCACCAGCCUUAGUUUCCUGCCCUUCAUCUCUUCCUUCCCAGGUUGGAGCCAUAAUAGACUCUUCUUACAGUGCCAAUAGGUCGGUUCCUGAUGCAGAGGCAGCUGCUACUUUCCCAACGCCAAACCUCAACAACCCCCCUGACAUGUCAGGCUGGAAUCCCUUUGGAGAGGACAAUUUCUCUAAACUAACCGAGGAGGAGCUCUUGGACAGAGAGUUUGACCUUCUGAGAUCAAACAGGUUCGAGGAGAGAACAUCCUCAGAUAAGAAUAUAGACCCACUUUCUGCUUCACAGAACCAUCCUCCGGAAGAUCCUUUUGGUUCUGUACCUUUCAUUUCUCACCCAGGUUCUCCCGAAAAGAAGGUUGAACAUUCAUCUAGCAGUCAAGAAAAUAGCAUAGGGAACUCCAUCAAAGAACUAAAAACAAACCAGGUAUCUAAAGGUGACCAGAAUGGAAGAAAAAUUGAAGCUGUCUCUUCAGCAAGGGGACAUUUGCAGAAGAGGAGUGAUGACUCUGAAAGUGAUUUUGAAUCAGAUCCCCCAUCUCCCAAGAGCAGUGAAGAUGAAGAACGUGAUGAUGAAGAUGUUCUUCAAGGAGAACAAGAUUUCAACGAUGAUGACACUGAACCAGAGAAUUUGGGUCAUAGGCCUCUUCUCAUGGAUUCUGAAGAUGAUGAGGAAGAAGAAAAACAUAGCUCUGAUUCAGACUGCGACCAUGCCAAAGCAAACUGUGCUGACGGGAGCCCUCUCAGUAGCUACAGAGACCAAGCUGGUCGUGGCCAGGCCAGAGUGCCUGGGGUGCUGCUCCUCAGCCCGGCGCAGCUCCCUGCUGCUGGAGGAAGAGUCACCCCCAGACAGGAAUUUGAUGUGUUUGGCUCAGUCCCUUUCUUUGCGCUUCAUGCUCAGCAGCCACAGCACAAAGAAACAAAUGAAAAACACUCAUCUGCACAGACUGUUUUUCACCGUAUGGCUGCAGAACAGGAUGACUUUGAUGUAUUCACAAAGGCCCCCUUCAGCAAGAAGGUGCCGGUGCAGGAUGGCCUGGGGCUGAGGUCAGAGUCGCAGCCUCUUCCCCCGGGCCCCAGAAGUGUGGACAUAUUUGGUUGUACUCCCUUUCAGCCUUUGCCUACAUCCACACAAGAAAGUGAAAGUAAGGAGGACCUAUUUGGGCUUGUGCCAUUUGAGGAGAUAGCUGGGUGUCAGCAGCAGCAGAAAAUGAAACAACGAAACCUGCAGAAACUCUCCUCCCGCCAAAGACGCAUAAAGCAGGAGGUGUCAAAAAGUAAUGGGAAACGCCAUCACGGCACCCCCACUAGCACCAAGAAGACUUCCAAGCCCACCUACCGGACGCCAGAGAGGGCCCGCAGGCACAAGAAAGUAGGUCGGCGAGAUUCGCAGAGUAGCAAUGAACUUUUAACUAUAUCAGACUCCAAGGAAAACAUCAGUGUGGCACUGACUGACAGUAAAGACAGAGGCAGUGCCCUGCAAUCCGAAGAGAACCUGUUGGAUCCUUUUGGUGCCAAACCCUUCCAUCCUCCAGACCUGAUACGGCACCCCUCCCAUCCAGGCCUGAGCGACAACCGAGGGGACCACAGUACGGCAUUGCCUGGGAGACCGAGGCAGAGCUCGCUGCAUGGGUCCUUUCAUAGUGUGGAGGGAUUGAAAAUGGAUGACUUUGGUGCCGUGCCCUUCACUGAGCUGGUGAUACAAAGUGUCACGCCACAGCAGUCCCCGCAGUCCCAACAAGGAGAGUUAGAUCCAUUUGGUGCUGCUCCAUUUCCUUCUAAGCAGUAGACGCUUCUGACAAACUUUUUUCAUUGACUCCAAUUUUUAAGAAGUGAAGUUUGUUUUAUGAAUUUUCAAGAAGAUAAUUUGUAUAGCUCUUUGUACCACUCAUUACUGCAGGUCAAUUAGAAUAGAUUUAAAGUUAUUUGAUUUUGUAUAAACCAAAUGGAAGAGGAAGUAUUUCAACAGGGUAGUAACUUGGGGCCCUCUGAAUGUGGGGGGUUUCUUCUGAAGAGGAGAAAGGGUAGCAGAUAUGAGCCCUAACAAUCAUUUUAGCUGCUAACUUUCUGGCACAGAAAUGAAGGUUAUUUCACUAAAACAGUGAUAGAGCCUUUGGAGAUAUUAACUUCUGCACUUUGUGCUGCCUUUCCACUCCUGGGCCAAUAAAGGAGGGUGGAAAAAAAAGAUCUAACAUUUUAUAUGUAUAACAAAGUGAUGCUUCUUGGAUGCACAGCUCUGGCUCAGUCAGAAUCCAGCAUUAGGAAUCAGAUGUACAACCAAGCUGAGUCAAAACAAGUGAAAUCCCUAAAUGAUUAGAAAGCUGUAGGUCUUUGUGUAGAACUCAUUGGCUUCAGAUCUUGUACAUGCAGAGCCAGAGGUGACUGACUUGUGCCUGACAUCUUUUAUUCUUUACAGUAAGUGCCAUUAAUAUAUUUAAAAACUACAAAAUGCCUAAAAUCAAAACGAAAGAUAAGGAGAAUCCUUUGUUUUGAAGAAAACACAAAACAAAACAAAACAAAACAGUAGCAGGGAAGCCACCCACAUAAUCAGCACUUUUGAAAACGUAUCCAUUAAUUAUGAAGGGCUGAUUUAUCCAGUGCUUCAGUAAUGCCCCCUUAAUAGAGCAAAACACUGAGUGAGGACAAACAAAAGACAAUUAUGCAGAUAUUAUAUGAAAAAUUAGGGGAUGUAGCUAAAAUAAUUUUAUUUCAUGAGUGAUUUUUAUUGCAGAAAUUUUAUAUACAAAUCAUGUUGCAUUUAACAUUUGUUUACUAUCAUGUUGCUCAUGUGAAAAUUAUUUUAUUUUUGGAGGGUAAAGUAGCAUUUGCCAAGUGCACUAAGGUGAAGUGUACACCACACCAGUUAACAGACAGGUGCAGCAGGAUAGCAGACUACAGGUAGUUAUCAAGUCUGGUCCUGUUCAAUUGGGCAUCUUCAUAGUAUACCACAAAGCCUUACAGGCAGGACCCUACACCUGCAACAAGUACCUCCACUUCAAUUCAAGUACCUCUUUUCCAAAAGAUGCACACAGUUCUACUAAAAGUAAUGCAAAAGCAUCAGGCACUGAGAGGUUAAUUGGUGUCAAUCCACUUUUAAUGAAAAGAUCUUAGUUACCAAAUUAUUUUUCUCUACUGCAAAUCCUGCUUGGAAACUUGAAAUGUUCACAGAGAUUUUCAUCAUGUCUGUAAAGUAGAAAUUACAAAUGUGAAUGAAUGAAUAACCUUGUGAAAGUGUGUAUAUGUAUCUCUGACAUUUUCACUCCUCUUCUUCCCCUCAUUGUCAAAAUGGAUGUAAACAACUUCAGACUCUUUUAAAUGGCUCUUAACUGAAUUUAGUAUUGGAUCGACAUAGCAACAAUUAGACAUUUCUAGAAUCAGUUCAUAUUCUUGAUUCUUUUGCUUUUAUUUGAAAUUCAGCUCGUUUUGAGCCCUCUUCAUGCGUUUCCAUGAGUAAUUGAGUGUAGCUUUAUUGGCAGGAGUGCCCCUUUGGGAUGGCCUGUUUCUAAGUUUUCAUGGAAAGAAUUCAGCUAACUUCAGAAAGAAGCCAAAUGUAUAUAUAAUUUAAUUACAUAUCUAUCUCUUUCUUUAUUCCUUCAUUUUUUUCUAUUUCUUAGAAAAUGCCGAAUAAUAUUAAAAGCUGUGCUAAGGUCAAUAUGCAGAAUUAUUUAUAGGGUGGCAGCAGCAGGCUAGUAUUCACUUACUACUUUGAUUUGGAAUUGAACAUGGUUGCUCUGUUAGACUUUAUCAUUUGUUUUCUUCUUUGUGCCAAAGGCAAAUGUGUUUGCACCUGGUUUUUUUUUUUUUUAAUUCUCAGGUUGAUUAAAAUAAUUCAACUUUAUGUGGAUGUCAGUUAAAAAAAAUAUACUGAAAUUACUGAGUGAAAAGAAUUGGAUUCAACAAACAGCAAACACCCACAGUAUCAAAGGCAUUAAUUAUACUGGGCACUGGGAUAUGUAAAGUUAGGACGAAAUUUGCAAGGGGCUUACAGUCAAAUCAGGGAAAAGAUGUACCCUAAUAACCGAGAUAAUGGGUGAGACAGGUGCAAGAAUUAAUUGCUCCACAUGGCAAAUUCAUGAGUUAUACUGGAUGAACAAUGUCAGGCCAAAUACAUAUGUAUAGAUACACAUACACAUUCAUUAGUUGGGGUGUACACCAUCCAUCUCUUUGAUGAUAGCUUUAGAUUUUUGGCUUCUGGGUAUAUGACAGAAUUCGUUAUUAACUUUAGAAAAGGGGGACAGCUAGGUGGCGUAGUGGAUAAAGCACUGGUCCUGGAUUCAGGAAGACCUGAGUUCAAAGCCAGCCUCGGACACUUGACACUUACUAGCAUUGUGACCCUGGGCAAAUCACUUAACCCUCAUUGCCCGGCAAAAACAAAAACAAAACUUUAGAAAAGGGGGAUUUCUUUGUCCUUAAUAAUUCUAAGUGUACUAGAUAGAGCAAAUCUUGCAGUCAUCUCAAUUUUUAGGUCCUGUUUACUUGCCUUUCAGUAUGGAAAGUUUCAUUAAGGUAGUGAAGGCCCCUCAGGCUUGAUAGCCAUGUUGAAAGGUCUUGUCGACAGCACAGCACAUACUGUUAAACUUUUUAUGAAAUAUUUAUUCAGUGUAGAGUAGUGACCCAACAAGGGCUUUCUCUUUUUAAAGGUAAAUCCUAAAUAAAAUUCGGCCUACCAGUCAGGGUCAACUUACCUUCAAAGACCUGGCAAGUUCCCUUGGUGUUGGGGCAUCAGCCAUUUUCUAAGGACAGAUGAGCCACUGUUUUCUCUCUCCUUAGUCUUGCCCCCCAGAGAAGGGCCUAAGUGCAGAUUAUCUCACUAUGCACAGUCCACAGAUAACAUAUAAGGUGGUUGCUUCAAGCAAUUCUCUAUCAGUUCAAGGAGUUCUCACUUGGAGUUCACACAACUGACAAAAGUCACAAGUUCUGGAGUUAGUCCAACCGUGGUUACAGCAAGAAAUUUAAGAAAAUUUAUUCUUUUUUAGUCUCUUUUUUGCCCUCUUGUACCCCUUUCAUGAUUAAGAAAAUUGUCUUAACUCCAAACUUUUGUGCAUUUUAGCAACAUUGAGGGAUGCAAAAUGCUGUCUCUUUUAAACCGACAAAAGUCACCAGUCAGAGUUGUCUAAAAGCUGUAAUAAAAGUUGCUUGUUAUGUUUUUUUUUUUAAUUGACCCAUUUACCUAGGUAAUGUUUCUGUGAUUUUCACCGUAAAAACAGCCUGACAUAGUGGAUAAGAAAGCCUGUCUUGGAUUCUGGUUCUGCCUUGCCAUACUGGCUUGUGGCAAUGGAUGGGCAAGGCCCUGAACUUGUCGGUGCCUCCGAGCAAUCCCCUAAGACUGUUUCUUGCCCAACAGUUGAUGAUCUCUAUUGGCAGGAGUUUCCUUACGGAGAAGUUCCUAAUAACAGAUCUUGACCUCACUCCCCAAACUAUAUUUUUAUGCUAAAAUUGUUUUACUGAAGUAAUAUUUACAAAAAUGGACUUUUGUUGGUUGUGCAUUCAGGUAAGGACAAUGAUGUAGAUGUUGGUAAUGAUCAAAAUUUUAACCGAGUACUGUUACUGUUCAUUAGAAAAAAAAAGACAUCAGUACAGAAAUACUGCAGCUUUCUUCCUCUCCUCCUUCCCUUCCCCUCAGUUUUAUGUGUAUGUAUGUGUGUAUAUAUGUAUAAAAUGUUGUGUGACCAUACCUGGGGAAAAGAGGUGGAUGCAAUAUUAGUCAUGUCCCCUUUAAAAAUGAGAAUGAAGUGACUGUCAUCCUUUCAUCAAGAAUUGUAAAAGCUUAUUUUUUUAUUUUAAAGCUCAUUAGGCCUUGAGUAUCUCAGUCACUCUGCUGACUUUUUUCUUAUUGCCCAUUGGCACUGGGUAUCACAAAGGUACAAUGGUACUAGAAUUCCUUAGAUUAAUCUGUUUUAACUGUGAGCAAAAAGUACUAGCUCUGAAGGAUUUGGGGUGUGUAACUGACAUACACAAUGGUAGUGACCUUUUCAUUUCCCCACUAAUUGUGUGUGUGUGUGUGUGUGUGUGUGUGUGUGUGUGUGUGUGUGUGUGUGUGAGAGAGAGAGAGAGAGAGAGAGAGAGAGAGAGAGAGAGAGAGAGAGAAAAAACCCUUGUUGGAAGUACUUUUCCCACCGUUAAUCAGAUCCAGGUAUUGAGAUGACACAUCUACUGUGAGAAUGAGAUGACAUGUUUACUGUGAGAACAACAUAACUCAUAUUGUUUAUCUGAAAAUUUUUAUACUAGUUUUAUUUAUAAAUAUAUAUACACACAUGCAUGCACCUAUCACAUUUUACUACUGUAGAGUUAAUGUGAAUUUAAAAAAAAAUGUCAUUGCAACAACAAUCAUUUUCAUAUGACUAGGAGAGAAUCAGUUCCUAGUGAGUGAACAAAAAGCCACUAAAUUAAAAAGCAGGACGCAAAUGCAGAAGGGUAAUGUUAGGUAUGUUUUUUUGGUUUUGUUUUGUUUUAAAUAGUGCUACUAUUGAAAGAAAAAAUAAAUGUUUAUAUUACUAAAUUGUUUCUGUGAUUGAAAUGCCAUCAAAUAGUAAACUGCUGAAAAGCUACUUUAAAAUUGCUGGCCAACUGCUUUUAAGUGCACUUUCUUUGAUUACAUGUCCUUUUUUGUUGUUAAACUUGAAGUUACUGGAGAUUUUUUUGUGUACCACUAAACUUUGACUUCUAGACAAAAUUGCUAUGUGUAUAAGCAACGGAAAAGCAUUUAUUAAGUGCUCACCAUGUGCCAAGCACUGUACUAAGCACGAGGAAUACACACAGAAAAGCAAGAUGCUCCACGCUCUCAGGAGCCCCCAUUCUAAUUAGACAAGACAGCACAUUCAGGAGGUUCUAGCUGGAAGGCAGAAAGGCCCAGUAGUCCACCAUCUUGACAGUAUUUCUGUCUUUACACUACUUGUGAGCAUUAAAAACAUGCCAAAGUGGCUUCAAUUAUUAAAUACAACUGGGAAAUAACUAGGGCUCGUGAUCAGCUAGUUUUCUCUAAGCACUAAAUAGAAAAAAGUUUACUAUGUACUGUCUUAAUUGCUUGCCAACAUGUCUUUCAUUUUAUUUGAAAUUUAAAAAAUUAUUUUCUAAUUGUAUUUAUCAUAUUUGAUGACUAAUAUUCUAUUUCCUUUUAAUGCAAUAAAUUUCAUUUGGAUUCUGUAUUCUAUACAAACAACCAACGAGUAGUGUUUUUGAUUGAAUUUAUCCUAAAAAUAAAAGUUUUCUAGUGUAAACUUUGAGGAACUAAAAUGACCAAGUUGGAUUUUCUGACAGUUGCCGGACAUUCUUCUGUACUUUGCUAGCGCAUACUGUUAUAAUUGGAUGUUCAUAACGAUAAAGCACAAGUUCUUGAAGUGACUUUUGAAUCAAAGA